CGUCUGACGCCGUGUCAGGUGAUGGUGCCCGGGCAGGUGGCGCUCACGCCCAACUUGCCCCCGCCGACCAUGCGCAACGCGGCGAACAAGCACCUCGUUCCAUCGGUCGCGGAGUGGUCCGCGUUUAAUCAGGACGUGGCAACGAUCGAGAGCAUCGAAGACGAGGUGAGCGUGCUGGCGUCUCUGCAAAAGCCAAAGAAGCUGACCAUAGUCGGAUCCGAUGGGCACAAGUACGCGUUCCUGUGCAAGCCCAAGGAUGACCUGCGAAAGGACCUGCGGAUGAUGGAGUUCACCACCAUGCUCAACCGCUUGUUGGCGCGGGACCCUUCGAGCCGCAAGCGCAGGCUCUACCUCCGAACCUUCGCGGUGCUGCCCCUCACCGAGGACUGCGGCAUCAUCGAGUGGGUCCCAAACACGACGGGUCUUAGGCACGUCAUCCAGGCGCUGUACGUCCAGGACGGGAUCUACACGAAGCAGACGUUAGGGGACGUCAAGCGCAUGCACGAGAGUCUCAAGGCGACGCCCACGACGUGGAUGUCCGAAAUUCUGAAGAAGUUUCCCCCCGUGUUCCACCGCUGGUUCCUCAACCGGUGGAAGGACAGGCCCGCGGCUUGGCACGGCGCGAGAACUGCCUUUGCGCACACCGCCGCGGUCUGGUCCAUGGUCGGUCACGUCGUCGGAUUGGGCGACCGACACGGCGAGAACAUCUUGCUCGAUCAGGAGUCGGGCGACUGCGUCCACGUGGACUUCUCGUGCCUUUUCGAUAAGGGUCUCGAACUUGAGACGCCCGAGAUGGUCCCGUUUCGUCUGACGCAAAACAUCGUCGACGGACUCGGCGCCGGCGGCUACGAGGGGACGUUCAUGCGCGUGUGCGAGAUCACCCUCGGCGUGCUUCGGUCGCACAGGGAGGCUCUCAUGUCCGUGCUCGAGACAUUCGUGCACGACCCGCUGCUGGAGUGGACCAAGGGGAGCAAAGCGAGGGGACGGGGCGAGGCGGACACAUCCCCCGAGCGCGCCAGGGAUCAGCUCGAGAAGAUCCGGUCGAGGCUGGAGGGCGUCGUGGUCGGCGUGGGCGCGGCGCCGUCGCUGCCGCUGUCGUGCCAGGGUCAGGCGCGGCGGCUCAUCGAAGAGGCGGUGUCGAGGUCGAACUUGGGGAGGAUGUACGUGUGGUGGAUGA